AUGUUGUUUGAAAUCGACACUGGGGCAUCUAUUUCAGCGAUAUCAAAGGAAAAGCUUGACCAAAUUGGUCAAUUAAAGUAUCUACUAUUGAUAAAAACUCCGAGGAAGUUUCAAUCGUACCAAGGAAGUGUCAUGACUCCACUAGGAGUUCUCAAGGUUGACGCAAAGCAUCGACAUCACAGUGAACGACUGGAUUUAUAUGUCUUUGGUGGUCGAAACAAGCCAAUUAUUGGCAGAGACUGGAUCAAAACAUUCGAUUUGAUAGCUGUUAAUAUGAAGCCGAGAGAAAGCAUUUAUUUUAUCAGCAGCAGAGAAAAAUACGUCAGGAAGCUGUUAAAUGCGUGA